AUGGCCGACGAAACACUGGCGUUGGUGGUAGACACUGGAUCAUACAACAUCAAAGUGGGAUACUCCGGCGCGGAGGCGCCGUUGAGCACGUUCAGGUCUAUUGUGGGAUACCGCGAAGGAGCAGAGCUCGUCCUCGGAGACGCCGCGCUGAAGGAGACCGAUUCUAAGGCUAUCCUGCAUCCGAUCCAGCAUGGCAUUGUACGCAACUGGGCACUCGCCGAGCGCCUGUGGAUGCACGCGUUCCACAAUGAGCUGAAGGUCUCGCAGCGGGAACAUCCGGUGCUGCUCUCCGAGCCGCCACUCAACCCGAAGCUGCACCGCGAACGAUGCUGCCAGCUCUUUUUCGAGGCCUUUGACGUCCCGGGCCUGUACAUGGCUCCCACAUCGCUCCUCGCACUCUACGGGUCGUCCAAAACUACAGGGCUGGUGCUCGACGUCGGGGAAGGCGUCGCGCAUGCCGUGCCGAUCAACGAGGGCACUAUCGUGCCCCAUGCAAUCGGCAGGCUGGACGUGGGCGGUUACGAUGUGACGUCUUUCUUCCUGGCCAGCAUUGACGCCUUGGACCGGCACAAGCUGCAGGACCGACACAUCGCAAACCAAAUCAAGGAGCAGUGCGGCUACGUCGCCCUGGACUACGAAAACGAGCUCAAGAUGGCGGAAAAGCAGCCGGAGCAGUAUUCGAAGCGCUUCACGCUGCCCGACGGGAGCGUUAUAGCGACUGGGACGGCGAGCUUCCGCUGCCCCGAGAUGCUGUUCUCGCCGGAGGUGGCUGGCAGCAGCGCGCCCAAGCUCGCGGACGUUGUAUAUUACUCCGUGCGAAGCUGCGAACCCGAGAUGCACAAGACCAUGUUCAGCAACAUCCUGCUGACCGGCGGGAGCUCGCUGUUCCCGGGUUUCGUGGAAAGGUGCGAGAAGGACAUCAAGGCAGCGACGAACGACAAUGCGCCCGUCAAGAUCGCUAGCAGCAUCAAGAACAGGGCCUACGCCGUCUGGGUCGGCGGGUCCAUCGUCGCCUCCCUGCAAACGUUCCAGCAGAUUGUUUUGGUACUUCUUGAAGACGCCCGCGACGAGCAGCGGGAACACCAGCGAGGCCUCGGCGUGCACCUUCACGGGGUUGGUGUGGGCCUUGAUCUUGCCCCAGGAGACGGCCUCGUCGGGGUUGGCGCCGGAGUCGGAUCCGUCGAACUCCUGGGCGGUGGAGAUGUACACCGCGAAGUCCGCGCCGUUGCGCAUCAAAUUGGCGUUUGCGACGUGGUGCUUGGGAAGACCGCCACCCAAAAUGAUGAUGCCGGACUUCCGGGCGCUCACCGCCAUGUCGUUGACGAGGCGGAUGUCGCGGACGACGUCGAUGCGCAGAGUAGUGGGCUCGCUGCGGCGGUAGAACACGGGGAUCUUGUUCUUGUGGCACCAGUAGCAGAACGACGAUUCGUCGUUGAUCUCCUUGCCGAGGUAGUCGAUGAACAUGGACGGAGUCCAGUUGACGCCCUCCUCCUCCUGUUGGCGGUGCAUCUCGUCCAGCCUGGGCUGAAUCCAGUCCUCGAACGCGCAGUAGUUGUCGUUAGGGAUGAAAAGGUUGCCGAUACGGUUCAACCCGCGCUCACGCAUGGUGGCGCCGUCCAUGUUGAACCUUCCGAUAUAGGUUUUGCCCAUGCACUUGAUCAGGUCCUCCUCCACACCGCCGCCACUGGUCACCACGACGUCGAUGAGCUUGUGCUUCGCCAAGUAGACGAAGGCCUCGCGCAGACCACAGGAGAUCAUGUUGGACGUGAAAGUCAACCAUAUCGUGCAUUUGGUGUUCUUGCGGACCUCCGGGUCCUCGUACUUGGUGCCCACGUCCUCCUCAGACACGGGGUCGUCGCUGAGUCGGAACUUCAGCAUGCGAUCGAUCAUCUCGGCGGCUUGGCCGAGGUGCGUGGCCUGGAAGCCGAAGUUCUUGUACACGCGCAGCAGGUGCUCAAUCUCUACGUUUCCGUCAUAAUUGAGGCCAUCGACGAACGCAGUGCAGUCCUCCGGCAGCUGGGAGGCCUGCAGCACGGCCUUCGCCACCACGUCGGGGAUGACGCUGGUCGUGGGUUUACUUUCAAACGACAUUUUGCUCAAACUAUUACUCGGUACUGCUUAACGUUGCAGCAUACUCGACGUAGACAACGCAGAUGA